UGACCACGCACAUCAGAUUCAGACAGGCUAGUGUCCCAGUUUGGAUCGCAGAGAGGCCCCACAGAACCACAUGUAUGGCAUCAGGGCGUCUCGGUCGUUACGGUCACCUAAUGUGGAUACUGAGAGUGCUUCCUGGUGAUUCCCGGUUGACUAUUAAUCUCUUUUAUACUGCGUGGCCAAUAGAUCAGGCUCAUCCAAAAUCACCCACUUACAACGGUGCAAUAUGGCAGCUCCGAGCGCUUCAGCGAUUUCAAAGUUGCACCCGCAACCAAGUGGAGAUGAGGCGACUCUCGCCAAGCUAGGAUAUAAGCAGGAAUUUUGCAGGGAAUUCACUCCGCUAGAGGUGGCUGGACUUGCAUUCAGCUAUGUUGGAGUGGUUCCUUCUAUAGUCUCCGUGCUCUUCUAUGCAAUACCAAACGGUGGGCCUUUCGCGAUGGUUUGGGGUUGGGCAUUUGCUUGCCCCUUUAUUCUCUGCACCGGGUUGGCGUUGGCAGAGCUCGCAUCAGCAGCACCUACUUCUGGCGGCCUAUACUAUUGGACUUACUCUCUCGCUUCUCCACGAUGCCGCAAUUUUCUGUCUUGGAUAGUUGGCUAUUCGAAUACCAUAGAGAUGAUCACGGGAGUUGCUUCCGUAAACUGGGCUUGUACAAUUCAAAUCGUCGCAGCAAUCACCAUUGCCUCCUCUGACCAGGUAUAUACGGCUACCAGCCUGCAGCUCUAUGGUAUAUACGCAGCUUUGGGUUUGUCACAAGCUGUCAUCGUGAGCCUCGGUACCAAAGUUUUGGCAAGGUUGCAGAGACUAUUCACGUUGGUGAACGCAUCCCUUUGCUUCAUAAUCAUCAUUGCGCUUCCGAUCGCGACGCCACCGGAUUAUCGAAACAGCGCAAAUUUUGCGCUAGGGGAAUUCACUAACUUGGCCGGCUGGCCCUCCGGAUUCGCAUUUAUUUUGAGCUUAAUGGCUCCUCUUUAUACAAUAGGGGGUUAUGAUGCUAGCGUCCAUAUGAGCGAAGAGGCCUCAAAUGCCACUAUGGCGAUACCAUGGGCGAUAGUAAGAAUCAACAUCUCCCUUGCCUUUUGCAUGGGCACUGAUGUCGGCGGCGUCUUAGACGGCCCUCUUGGCCAGCCUAUGGCACAAAUCUUAUUCAAUUCGCUCGGGCAGCAAAAGGCCCUGGCUAUAUGGUGUCUCAUUAUUAUAGCGGAGUACAUGGUAGCAGCAAACUGUCUCCUGGUCGGUUCUCGUCAGACGUUUGCAUUUGCUCGUGAUGGAGCCCUACCUUUUUCACGGUAUUUGUACCGGAUCAAUCGCUACACAGGAACACCCGUCAAUACAGUUUGGUUCGAAAUCAUCUGCUCUCUGGCAAUUGGACUUUUGUCGUUCGUGAGCACCCAAGCAAUCGAUGCCGUAUUCACGAUUGCUGUCACCGCAUCGUACAUCGCGUACAUAACGCCGAUCACGAACCGCUUUGUGUUCAAGAAUGAUUUUAAACCCGGUCCGUUUUAUCUGGGGAAACUGAGCUUUCCGGUCUCUGUGAUCGCUGUGGUGUGGAUGACCUUCAUGAGCUUUGUUUUCUUCUUUCCCGCGACUCCGCAAACGACGGUACAGGAGAUGAACUAUACAGUUGUGGUGCUUGGAGGGUUCAUGUUUCUGGCGAUUUCCUGGUAUUAUUUUCCGGUGUACGGAGGCGUACAUUGGUACACUGGACCCGUUGCCAACUUUACGCCGGCCACCAGAGACGAAGAUUCUAUAUCGGAGAGGAAGGAUGAACAUGAUGCCGAUAUCUAUGUUGAAGCGGUGGAUGUAUAAGUAGUGUUCGUAUAAUACUGUCGUGAAGUCAACGGUAUACAAAGAUGAUACAUAUGUAUUCAACAGAGCAAGAAUAUGAGGUGUGCCGAGCGGGGACUCGGAGUAGAGAAUUAAAUAUUCGGAGCUGACUGUUAAUGCCAUGACUCACCACGACAUUCCGACAUUGCAUCCAUACAUAUGUUGAUCGGAGCCGCGCCAUCGCCAAUGCAAGUGUAAAUCGUGCAACGGGUUUGCGUCCUUGCAAUGAUCUGUUUGAACUCAUCAUGCGACGUACGGAUAGCAGAGUAAAGGGUCGAUCGAGAUACAUACAUAUAUCCACCAUCUGGACCAUCGAGCGAACGGAAAGCGAGGGAACUGUAAAGUAGAAGUAGCGUGUUUGAGCUCAGACUGUAGACAACUGAUAAGCCAAGGGUUCUGCAGCAUCAUUGGACUCUCGCCUUCAAUUGCAGACUGUCCAGGCAGAGUGCCCU